CAACUUCGACUGCAGUAGAUUGUAGGGCAGUAGUGAUAUAGAUGCAUUUUGUGUUACUGGGAUCAAUGUAUAUACACUUAAAUUUAAACAUUCUCUUUAAGACGUAAGUCAAAACAGUAUUAUUAGUAACCCUGUCACACGUAGGAGGAAAUAGCUGGAAGAGAAAACGUUAUUUGGAACACACUGCUGCUAUGAGAAGCUUAGGAGAAUGGAGUAGCAAGUAACUAGAGCUGGUCGAUGAUAUCUUAUCAUCUUCUUAGAGACAGCCAGCGUUCUGGAAAAUGAGGCAUUCGAUACCAAUUUGAGGUAUAGCCUGCACCAUCGAGAUGAACUGUUUCUCGACUUUGGCGUCAUCAGAGCGGCUAAGAUUCAAGCUUAAGGUGCAGCGUUGGAGAAAUCUCCAUCACUACCUAGACUUAGCGAGGCUCCCGGGUCCCGAUCAAUAAGACCUUACCUAUCCCGGAACGUUGGGACUCAACGCAUGCGCAGUCGAGAGCCGGGAAAGCGUAAACUAAAACACGUUUGUACGUCAAAAAUAAUUGUUUUUGAGUGAAAAAUGAGUCGAAAAAACGAACAGCAUGCCGAUGGCUCAGAAGAAAUGCUGGAGUCAAUAGAUGAACUAAAAGAACGGCUGACUUCCAUGAAGAAGAUGAUGGAGGAACGCAAGGCCGCCGGAUCCGGCACCAAGGACUUAUUCCAAGGUCACGCGCAGAGUCUCCAGGGCACCAACAUGAUCGACGGGAACUUUUUGAGUUUCGUCUUCGGGGGCUCGCUUUUUGUGAUUUUAAGCGUCUCUGUCUAUGCUUUCUAUAAUCUGUAUCACGCCGUCUUAAAGAAAUUCCCUUCGAAGCAUACAGAGCUUUAAACAUUCGGCACUAGGGUUCAGAUUACGAGAUACCAACUAACCGCAAAAGUCAUGAACGGAUUAAAAAGGUUUCGUGGCAUUCAUUAUUACAUUUUAAAGUUUAGGCUAUUUGAAAAAAAAGAAAAAAAAAUCUUCUAGAUCUUUUUCUUGUGACGUAUUGGAAUAUUCUUAUCUGGAUAGAUAAUUUAAUCUGUAGUAUAAUAACGUCGUAUACAGCGUCGUAUAACCUAAUAAAAUCAUGAAUAUUAAUAUCUACAAUAAAGUCUCUAUCAGCGAAUUGAGUACACCAUGAGUAGCAAAUAUACAAUAUGUGAUAAUUUUAAACUUUCAGUCUCAUUGUUUUCGUGUGUAUGUUAAAUUAACAUUUGCUCAAUUUAGAAGCUGGAAUUCUUUUUAUGUAAAAUGGUUACGUCAAAUGUAACGUCAUUUAUCGCUGUCACAGCUGAUGUCUGUGCCACAGCAGAAAUAGGCAGUGCGGCAGUAACUAUACUUUUAUUAUAUAAUAGGUUGGGAAAAUCCAAAAACAGUUUGUUACCUAAACUGUCAUUGGCAAAUACGAUUCGAGGAUAAUAUUGUAUGAUGUACCUUUUGUAAUAAAUAUAAUUUCUUCAUUACACUACAUUAAGGAUAUUUACAAAUUGUGAUCUGAACGGGUGUUGUUUUACUCUAUCAAAGAUAUCGGAACUAAACUUAAGAAUUUUUAACAUUAACUAUUUUGUAUUAAUUAUCAUGUAUUUAAUUCACUACAACCAUUCUAAUGUAUUAGUUACGGUCACUUCCUUACGAAUAACAUAUUGGGCGACGGCCUGGAACUUUAAUAUUAUCUAUCUUAUCCACUUUAUACUUAAUAGGUUGGGGGAAAAGUCUUUUCGUAUUAUAGUAUGUAUGAACUUGUAAUAAAGUCUCUUUGGCUAUACUAUUUGUAUCUGGCUGGUUUUGGUAUCAUUAAAAGUUUAAAUUUGAAAGAAGAUAGUUCCAAAUUCAAAUUAGGAAAAUGUGUGAUUUUUAUUUAUUUUUCGUACUGUCAACAUGAGUGAAUCUAAUGAAGAAAUUCGAAACAUUUUAAAAUUUUACUACACAAAAGGUAAAAAUGCAAUGCAAGCCGCAAAAAAAAUUUGCGAUUUUUAUGGACCUAGUGCAGUUGUCUGUGAGAGUAGCACAAAUUUGGUUUAAGCGUUUUCAAUCCGGUAAUUUUGAUGUCAAAGACGCACGUCGCUCUGGUCGCCCUAUUACGGAUAAAAAGGAUGCCAUUUUUGAAAAAGUGGACCAAGAUCGGCAUAUCACUAGUUACGAGGUAGCUGAAGAACUGGGAAUUGAUCACAAAACAAUUUUGGCGCAUUUGAAAAAAACUGGGUACACAAAAAAGCUCGAUAUUUGGGUACCUCAUGAUCUCACUGUAAGAAACCUAAUGAACCUUGUAAUCAUUUGUGAUUCUUUAUACGACGUAAUGAAACCGAACCAAUUGUCGCCAAUUCCCGACUGCCAAAACCAAUUGUCGCGGUAUUUUGAUCAGAAGCCCCAAAUUUUCUAUAGCAAUGGGAUCAUGUCCCUAUUUACAAUAUGGCAAAAAGUUAUCGAACAAAAUGGUACCUACAUACUUUAGUUAAAUUUAAAUAAAAUAUAUUAAAAAAUGUUGUGAAUUUUCUUAAAAAAUGCGGAAAUACUUUUUCCCCAACCUAUUAUGUAUUUAUAUUCAUUUAGGAAUAACAAUUUGUACACUAACAUGGAUAUCAUUCACAUACGCAUUAUGAAGUACAUUUCUUAAAAUAAACUUUUAAAUUUU